GUAAAUUGAUUUCUCAUUGAUUUCUUUCCGCAUUGUCCACCUUUGUUUCUCUCCAACAGCGACGACGACGACAGCAACGACGAAUACUACGACAACAAAACAGCGGCGACGAUGACGGCGCUGGUCUCGACAUCCGUCCCGCAGUACAUACCUUCUGUACAAAAACCCAGAACUAGGGUGCGCGACCAGAGCUUGUCGCCAAUAUCCCCAAGCUGUCGCGCAGCCCAUUAUCAAACCCCCCCGAAGUUCAGGGUAUCAUCUGAGCACAUUUCACCAAUGUUGACACCGUCUCCUCUUAGACGACGGCCUUUGUUCCCAGCAGAUGCCGCACAUAAAGCAGAUGAACUGGAUCAGGGGCAGGAGCUUGACGACAGCGAUAUAUUCUUACAAUCUCCAUUCAAAUCGCCCCCUCUAGUGCACCGUCUAUACCCCAUCUCACAUCCCAAACCUAUCAAACCAAUCAUAUUAGACGACGACGAAGCGACCCUUUUCCUAUCUUCUUCAUCCACAGUGCCUUCUCCUUUCUUUCAUCCCAUGUCCACUCAACCACUGCGUACGCCAGUCAAGGAUUCGCAUCGUACUAUACUGGCAGCAAAGCAGCUCAAUACCCAGCCUGCGCAUCGUGUGGGCGUGGGCACCAAACGCAAAUCGGCGCAAUCCGGCGGCGGCGACUUCUCUACGCCUUUGCGUCCUGUCGCAUCAACCACGUGCACCCCUCUAAAUAUCUCUGCUCCGAAACCCGACCCUUCUUCUGGUAUAGCUUUUCACCGUCUUGCACCUCUGCCAGCACCUCGCUUUACCCCCCAGCCCAAGAGUAAAGCUGACACUGAUGCCUUUCUCAAGAAACAGGCAGAUACUAUGAAGCGACUGCGGAUUCGUGAUCCGGAUGACUCGGAUGAGGACUGGGGUAUUAUAGAAGAUUGGGGCUCCGACGGAGAACCUGCACAAAGGCUACCUGCACUCCGCAAGUGCAAAUCCCGGUCUAUAAGCCCGAAGAAAUCUCUCCUUAUCAAUGCUGCACUAGUACCACAGAAAGGUAGCACAAAGGAUGAGGUCAUUGAGGCUAUCUCUCCAGGAGGGCACAUUAUCAAGCGUCGGGCACGUUCAAGGCCCGUUUCCAUUGAACUCCUUGAGAGUGUGAACCACACACCAUCACCCAAGGCUGAAGGUUCCAGUAUGAAGCCACCCCCUGUACCAGUAGCAUUUCCUUCUGUAUCUCGUGAUCGCAAUCGGCCCACUUCCUUGGUUGGUUCGCCUUCUCCCGUACCACGAAGACGAGUCACAGGUUCCAGUGGCCCUAAUCCUUUCUCCUCUAACACACCCUCCCGGCUAAAUUCACAGUCUCAGCCUCGCGCCCGUCCCUUUACUCGACUCGCUUCCAACAGUUCGGCUACUCUCUUCUUCGGGCCCUCCAUCCCUCAAUCUGCACAGUGCUCGCGUACGCGGACUAAUUCCUCCGUCGCCGCUACCCUGGAUUUGCACGCCCAAUCCCGUCUCAGCACAUCCAAUCGACAUAGCUAUGCGGGUCCAGACUCGGCAGGUUUCUCAGCCGCCCCAAUGCCAUGGACGAUGCGGUCGGGUUUGGACACACCCUCACCAAAUUCUUCGCCUCUGAACGACGGUCCAGGCACGGUCUACUCGGACGAUGAGGACAUGUUAUUCGAUGGCCCAACUGAAACAUCGUUCGUGUUUAGCAUUACAGAGGGUACGCCUUCUCCACGGUCACAGAAAGGCAAGGAAGGACUGUUACCCUCCAAGUAUAAACCACGCGACUCUGGCAUUGUUCUCAGCGAUGAUGAGUCAAUGCCCGCACGAAAUUCGGCGUUAAGCACGAGUUCGAGCUCUAUUUACUCUGAUAAUGACAACGGCGAUGAUCUAGUUACGCCCGGAAUCGUGCCUGGUGCACUUUCCGGGUGGCCUAGGAUCUCAGGCGUCGAUGACGCGCAUCUUCAUUCAUUCAACCAAUCCCAUCAAUAUCAAUACUUCCGUCAUGACGAGGACGACGUUGACGCGUUCAUCCUACGUACCCUAGAGGCAGGUGGGAAGCCUUCUGCAGCUGAGGGCAAGAAGCCCCCUGGAACGCCUGUGAAGAAGCUCAAGUCCCACUUUGGGCUUGAUGGUGGGCGACCGUGGCAAAGUGCUGUUGCGUCGAAGGUGGGAUUCUCAUUUGAUGGUGCGGAGGGGGGCAAGGGGAAUGGGAAUGGGAAUGGGAAGAAGCCACGGAAGAGUUUGCCUGCUGCAUUCCCUCCCCCGCUUGGGAAAGGCAAUUUUGGGAUGAUCAAGACUGGUGGAUCGGAUACUGAGGAGGACGAUGAGGCAAUAAGCCCUAGUUCGAGGAAGCAGUAUAAGGGUCUCGGGCUUGGCCGUCCAGGCGGAAGGUGGCUUAUGCGCCGCAGUAGCAGUGGGGCAUUCUCGAGUGGGGAAAGCGCGGGUGGGACGCCCACACGGCGAAACAUUAAUCUGAAGGACUGGCCUAUGCCCGCAGCGCGUACUUUGACCGUGGACACCACGGGCUCACGCUCGAGCCCGAAUAGCUCAGCGAUCUCAUUGAACUCCCCCACGAUCGCGCGGCAUCUGCCCUCGAAAGCAUCUGCCCCUCAUUCACAUUCUCCGCUUGGGCCACGGUCGCAGAAGACGUCUGCUAUCGAGCACGUGAGGAACGUCUCAGAUGCUGGUCGUUUUGAGAAGGAGUUUGUUGAGAUUGAGCAGGUUGGAAGCGGAGAGUUUGGAAAGGUCAUGAAAGUGCGCGCUAAGAUUGGGCGCGGACUUGAAGACACGGUGUGGGCUGUCAAACGGUCGAAGCCAUUUGAAGGCCCUCGGCAUCGCCUGCGACUGCGAGAAGAAGUGGACAUAUUGGCACAACUAUCGGCGCGGGGUGCUCACCCGAACGUACUGACAUAUGUGGACAGUUGGGAGCAGGACGACGCGCUUUUCAUACGCACAGAGCUCUGCGAGCUUGGCAAUUUUGGGAGGUUCUUAUGGGAGUACGGGCGGGCGUUCCCGCGCCUGGACGAGGCGCGGGUGUGGAAGGUCAUGGUGGACUUGAGUAACGGUCUGCGUUUCAUCCAUGAAGCUGGGAUCAUCCAUCUAGACCUUAAGCCGGCGAAUAUCUUCCUCACUCGCGAAGGGCGAUUCAAGAUCGGGGAUUUUGGAAUGGCCUCGGUGUGGCCCCGACCUGGGGGCGCGUUCGAGCGUGAGGGGGACAAGGUGUACCUCGCACGGGAAGUUCUACAUGGCACGUACGGCAAGGCUGCCGAUAUUUUCAGUCUUGGGAUGACGAUGCUUGAAACGGCCACGAAUAUCGUUGUGCCUGAUCAGGGAGAUGGGUGGCACAGGCUACGGCAGGAAGAUUUCAGCCAGAUGGAUCUGGAUGGAAGUCCGGAGCUGUUUGGGUUGAUCAAGAGCAUGAUGCGAACUGAUCCUGGUAGACGCGUGGAUGUGCAGGCUGUUUGCGCGCAUGCUGUUGUUAGCCGAGCUCGCGCGGCUAUGGAACGGACGUAUGAAGAAGCCAAACGGGAUUGUACCUCUGUGUUCGCUGCGUCACCGCUUGCAGGUGUUUCCAAUACGUUCUUGGAGGAGAUCUUGUGUCGUGAGGGCGACGCUAUGGACGUGAGCUUCUAAAAAUGUGAAAUUUUUGUUGUAUGUUUUUUUGGGACAUUGUUUGCGAUCUUGCUAAAGGUUGCAGCGGACGAUAUCUAUGAUGACCUCUAUUGAUAUACCUACGACAUUCUAGGCCCCCCAGGUGGAUUGUGUACCAAGGGAAUUGUUAUAACCGUAACCCAUACAUAGUUCGUAAUAUUAUGCGCAAUAUGAUAGUAGAGCAAUUGGUAAAUCUUGGAUUCGACGGGGAUCAGAUGGACUCUCGACCAAAGAAGCAGGACCCUAAGAAGAGGGUUUCCGCGGAAAGAGAAGGUAAGAUAGAUGCGUGUUGAUAGAAGAAAAGAAGAAAGGGUGG